CACUAAGAAAGAUGGGCCAGUCAGUGCCUUAAUCUUGGAUUUUUUUAAAGAGUCUUGGUAAAAUACCCAACUCAGAAAAGAUAUGUUAAAAACUCAUGCUACCAUAUGGCAUGAGGGCUGCUAAGAUCAUUUAGAACUAUCGAAUCAUAAAAUCUUAGAGUGAGGAGAGAACUUGUUGAUUCUCUGGUCCAGAGAUUCCACCAUGCAGGGCUUGUAAAGGCAGGAGGGUUAUAUGCAAAGUCUGAAAAUACCAAGAGAUCACCGGUGACCGGUGACCGUUUCCAGCCUCAGCGUUAUUAACAUUUGGACCUUAAUUCUUUCUCGAGAGGGCCGUCCUGUGCAUUGUCGAAUGUUUAGCAGCAUCCCUAGCCUCUACUCCCUAGAUGCCAACACCACUUCCCCGCUGGUUGUGAUAGCUAAAAAUGUCUGAAGAUGUUGUCAAUUAUCCCCAGGUUGGAGCUGAUAGGGAGCAGAAUUGCCUGUGGUUGGGACCACGGCUUUAUGAUAACACAGGGUUAGUAGAAGAAUCUAAUGUUCAUGGCCAAGCUUUUUUAUGUUUGUUUGGAAUCCUGUUAUUCAGAAGCCUGAUUCAUUCAUUCAUUUGUUCCUUCCUUCAUUCAACACAUGAACUGAGUACCUGUGAGUGUAUGGAGCACACCAUGUCCAAGGCUGAAGACACCAAUGUGAACAAGGCAGACGUAGACCCACUCUCAGGGUGCUUGUGUUCUGGGGGAAGAACACAGACCGUAAACAAACGAGAAUCAUGCUGACAGCGAAGGAAAUAAAGUGGGGUAUUGUGGUAGAGAGAAACGGAGUGUGGGCUGGAGGUGUGAGUAGGGGCUUUGAUUUCAUGGGGGCGGGGUGGUGGUGGUGGUGGCUAACAUUAGACAGGGUUGUCAGGGAAAACCCACGGAGGACAGAACCUUUAAGCCCAGACUUGAAUGAUAAGAAGGCAGUCACACACGAAGACUGGCAUUUAUGUGUCUCUGAAUAAUAAAGUAAGGGAAUGAAUUGAAUCAGGGAAAAAAAAAUCUUUCAAAAUAUGAGAAGGAAAUCUUGUAAAGCAGGUCCUUUGUAUAAAAAGGUUGAACGUCAUAAUCUAAUCUCUUCAUUUAGCAAAAUGAUCAAAGUGAGGGCCUCAAAAGACUUGCUCAAGGUGAAGAUGGCAGGUAGAGACAUCACACUUAGUGUCACUUUUUGGUUUUAGUGACCUGUGAACAAAUUCCUUAAUUGGCUGGAUGGGCAUUUCUGUAUGUUUUUUUUUUUCUUUGAAGAACAGCCCAAUAGUGAAAAAAGCUAAGAAACCUAAGUUUAUUGGGCAAAAGUGGGAUUUAUCAUGAAGUAUUUAUGGAAUAUAAAGCUUGACUGAGUACCUGAGCAUUGCAAUGUUUUCAUGUAUUGACAAAUUCUGCCAUUGUGUUGGCAGGCAAAUGUCUAACUGUCUGCUCAGUUCUUGGGGUACAGUAAUCUUUAGGUUACUUGCUGAAUGUAGAUUAUGGAUUGUAAGAGAAAAGACAUUUCUUAGCUAUCAUUUUUUUUUUUAAUUCUAAUUCUUGGUCUUCUGCCACUAUAAAUAUAUACUGUUUUUCCUAUUAUUAAGGAUCUGUUAUUUGUUGAAGCAAAGGUGGGAAAACCAAUGGGUUCGAAUGGGCCAGUUGCUUAGUUUGAUAAGGAGGAAGGAAGGAUAGCCUUCUAAUAGCUUCUGCUACAGGUGGAGGCCAAGAAGAGAGGGAAAAAAUUGCAUUCUCCUUGGGUAGGAGGACAUGAAGGUGUUCACAGUCCACAUAGGCCCAGCCACUGUUUGUCUUUUCUAAAAGCAGACUGCUUAGGACUUUGAUCCAGGCAAAGGUAGUUAAAUCAGGAACCAUGGUUUGGACAGAGAAAGAUAGACAAACUCAGGAGUAGGUAAUCAGUUUUGUCUGCUAUAAGAAAUCAGACUGGCUGGAAGGGUUAUUUUUAUUUCAGGGCCAGCCACUGAUAAAGGCAGGCAUGGGACAAUUCUAAUCUAAGGGAAGUGACUUCUCUGAAUUUUUCGAGCGAACCACACACACACAAGAGUGAGCAAGCAUCAGAGAGAUGAAAUUGGGAUUUUUGUGGCUUUUUCCUCAAGUAAAAGAACUUCUGGUGAAAUUUUCUUACACCCUCUGUAAAUCACUAGCCAUACGUCAUUUUUUUUUCUUUGAAUAAUUAUAGAGAACAAGGUAAGUUGUUAAAGUGGUUUCUGGAUUCGUUGACUGAAACCGUAGACUUGAGGCUUGGUGUGUUUGGCUGGAUCUUAGGAGCCAAGAACAGUUUUGGCCACGAGGACACGUCCAGGGCCUGAGGUCAGUCUGGCUGGCAGACUCGCAGGAAAAGUACUCUGAGGCCCGUGUGGGUCUUCCGUGAUAUGGAAGAUGACUUUUACCCCUGCCUCUGCUUACUCUGCGUCUUAAUCAGUUCUGUAAUGAAGACCCAGCAGCGUGUCUGCAACUUCCCUUUAAUUUUACAAUUUUUAUGAUGAGAGCUCUUGUAGCGUGGAAAGUGCCUGUAGAAACCCAGCCAGCAUUCUGAAGAGUCUAUAAGGGAACACCGUGAUUUUCUAACUCUGCUGUUUGGGCGAGGUUUGGCUCUGGAGGAAAGAAAUGGGUUAUCUCUUGUUCUAAAUGCGGGGGCAAGGAUGGCUUCAAAGUUUCCAAGGAACUUCCCGAUGAACCCAUGACAUUUCAUUCGUCUAUACUUAUCGCUUCUCAUGUAUUCACUUGACACCAAGAAUGGGUUCCCAUCAUUUGAAAGGACGUGAUGAGCUGGAAUGUCAUUUGUCUUGGUUGCAUUUUGAGAAUUUCAGUGAGGGGGAGGCGUCUUCAUUUUGUUUUGUUUUGUUUCUCAGACAAAUCUCGUGACACUCUUAGAAUUAUCGUCAGAACACUCUCAGAAUUAGAGUUAUCUAGGGAACUGCAGGUUCCCCUUUACAGACAAUGAAAUCUGAAGGUACUGAGAUACCACCAGGCUUCCUCCCUUUCUUUUCUGGUCCCUUCUCUCCUUUUAUCUCCUCGUUCAAAUCACACGCUUCCUUUUCUAAGGACAGGAGAGCUGGCAGACUGCCUCCUGGCCUGUUGGCCUCAAUUAGCCUUAUAUCAUUGCAAAGGAAUGCAUGAAUUCUCCAGAAGGUAUGUAGUAUCUCUUUCUGUAUUAGACAGUCACUACCUGCUUUCAUAACAGGUCACUCAACCAGAAUCACUUAUUUACAUAUCCAACGUUUUUUUAGCCACUUGGGUUAUAUCCCCAGAUGCUCAUCUCAUUUUAAUGAUGAUCCCCAAGGUAUCUGUUAUGAAAUAUUACACCAAUUUGCUCUAUAAUACUUGAAAACUUUAUGAAGGAGAGCAAACCCAAAAUAAAAUAUAACCUGAAGACUAGCAUUGUUGGCCACAAGGUGACUGGGUUAUCCAUCUGCAGAUGGCCUGCUUCAGACACUGUGCUUAUGUACAAGGUCCCACAGAUAGACGGGGCUGACUAUGCACAACAGAGGCCACCUGCAUUGGCAGGACUUGGUCUCCUGGCAUUUCCUUGUGACUAUUUAAAUUCAGUCUCAUAUUGGGGGUUACAUAUGUGAUUGCAAAUUAAUCCUUUCUCUCCUGAAAAUUUGGUUGUGAAGGACAGCUGUGUCUCCCUUCUGAAUUCCUUAAUUAUUUAUCCUCCCUGAUAUGUUAAACCUUUCAUUAGUGUGGUGAAUUGCCAAGAGUACACAGAACUGCUUAGAUCAUGUAGCAAACAGUAUAAACAUUUGAUAGGACAUUUGAAGACCACAUAGUGAGCCAGGAUCUAUAGUACUAACAAAUGCUGUGGGAUCGUUUGGAGUUAGCUUGUUGGUCUAUUUUGCCGGUUUGUUUUUUUUAAACUAUAACAUGGGAAUAGGACUGAUUCUGCCCUAGCUCUUGUGAAAUUUGGAGUGUACAUGCCCAUAUCUGCGUUAAAAUUAAAUCAAGAAAAUUAAUUAUAUAUAUACAUAUAAAUUUGGACAUUCUAUAUUUGCAUUUAUAGUUUUGAUUCCAUAACCAGUAUUCCUGAAAGAGAUUUCACCUCAAUUUCUCAGUUCAGUACUCUUUGGAAAGAUGCCUUAAAUGCUUAUUAAAUUAUUAGAACUUCCACUUUAGCCAUGAUGAGAGUAAUUGAUUAGUAGUGAUAUAGAAACCCCCUUAUUGCUAAGAAUAGCAACCCAACAUUUACAACUUUAUUAAUUAGUGUGUCACCCUUCUGAAUUCCUUAAUUAUUUUCAUCCCAAGGUCCUGGGGUUGCAAUUAGAAAUAUUAACCUUGCAGUCCACACCACAACCCUUUAACCUCGUGAUAGCAACAGUUUCGGAUCUGUAAAUAACAUUUUUUAGAAUGACCUUUAGGUUCUUGAGUUGACUGUCUUUCAAGCCGGACUAUUCCAAAGUUUAUGCAUUCUAUUACCUGUCCUUGGAUAAUUGGUUUUUCCAUUCGUGGGAAAGUAAGAAAAGCACAAACAACAGGUGCUCACGAAAGUUUUUUAUUAGAAUUGUGAUUGAGGAGACCUGGGGAGCUCAGUGUCUUACAAAUGAAACUAGGUUUCUGGAGUGGACAGAGGAAAAGCACCUUAUGGUGUUUCUGGUUCUAUUUCUCAAAGGCUUUGAAGGUUAUAAUUAGUCGCUACUGAAUCACAUGGCUGUGGCGCUCCACGGCUUUAUUUCUGGUCUGCAGUCCUUCAGCCAGAGAACAGGUUAGAUCCAGGCAAGGCCUGUGCGUUUUAAUUUGGUCACUUCAUGGAGACAGUUGGGAUUUUGACUUGAGGACCAUGUUUAUGCUCCUGGGCCAUUCAGCUUAAAGAGCAGUGUUUACCAAGCUGACGUGGACCAGGGUUGAUGGUGGCAGGCUUGUAGGAAUGCUGCAAGACGUCAAGGACACCUCCCCGCUCCAGUUACGUCUGAGCAGUGAGUUGGAAGGUCACGCAGUGAAGCUGGGGUUUGUCUCCUUUCUUCUUCGAGGGAGGAAAAACUGAGGCAUAACAUAUCCCUGGAAUUCUGAGUACAGAAACAUGGGUGGGCAAACGGUAUAAAUUAAAAUUGGUGUUCCUAAGAUUGAGAAAGAGCAGCCUGUGUCCAUAAUUUGUCUUUCCCCAUUCCCAUGUAUAUAUUCCAAAUCUUUAACAUGAUCUGUGGACCUUCUUUAAAUAUAUCUUCAAGAGUUUGUCAGACAUGGACAAUUGGGUUUUGGGUUUCACAUCAGAACCCCACCCACAUUUUGAAAUCCCCCAACUAUAAAUGCAAACUGACCCAGCCAACAACCAGCAAUAAGUAGAACUAAAGAACAAUAAAUAAUUAGGGUGGUGUAGGGGUUGCAUUUAGGAGGACCAAUUACAUUAGUUGCUAUAGGUUAUUUAGAAUGAAUCUGGAAUCAUCUGUCAGGUGUCACCAUGGGUGACGUUCAGAGUCAUCUGAAGCCUAUUUGACCUUGAGGGGCCUGGAGAUACUGCAUUAGGGGUAGGAGAUGGGGGUGCUCAUUUGAUUUGUAGGUUCAUCUCAUGACCUUUUGAAAUAGCAUCUCUUUUUAGUUACUUCAGACACUUCCUCUUCUGCUUUUGAUUGUGCUGAUUUGGUGAGGAAAAAAAAUAUUGCUCAUCUCUUAAUCACAGUAUUAUUAAAUGAUACGAGAUCAAGGCUUUUAACUUUCAAUCUUAAUUUUGUAGCAGAUCAGUGUCUAGUUUAGCCUCUUAGGGUUGUUGCUCUUCUGGGUUGAUAAAGCUGUCAAAUAUGCAGAGCUUAUUUCGCAUCUUUUUUUUUUCUUGUUGCUGGUUUGUGAGAGGAUUACUGUCUGCUGGGUCAUCCUCAUGCCCGGUUUUCUAUGUCUCCAUCCUUCCCUACUCCUUUCUCCUCCUGCUCUCACUUUUUGCACAUGUAUACAUCCACAGUCUCAUAAACACAUCAAGUUCAGUAUCUUUGAUUGUUUGGGCCGUGCUAGCAAUUUCUGUUUUCUUCUGUCAGUGUCUUCAGGAGAUACGUACACACAAAGGCAAGAUGGCUUUCAAAGUAGGCUACAUCCUCAUUUCAGUACUCAGUGCAGACAUCAAAUUGAAGGCAGUUCAGCUCUACCUGACGCUGGUUCUCUCAGCGGCCUGGAGAUUAACCUCUUCUAAGGCUCUGAGCUAUUUUUGAGACAGAGACUGCAACGACAUUAAAGCUAGAACCCAUUAGGAAAUCACUUUCAUCAUCUCUUCGUUUUCCAAAUCAGUGGCUCUUUUUUUCUGAUCUCAUAACCCUUUAAUCUCCUUUGUAGCAGAACAAGGAGACUGUUAGUUUGUGUUUGUAGCCGGUGAAGUUAGCAUCCUUGAUAACAGCUUCAGAAGACACCAAGAUAUUAGAGAGCUGCAAAGAGAGAUGAAUUUCAUCUCCAGGUGGAUGACUUAAUGCUGAAGGUGCCCUGCUUUCAUUGUGCAGAACCGUGAUUUUUGUUGAUGUUGUGCAAACCAGGCUCAAAACUUUCCAAAAGACACGCAGCAGAAAGGCUUUUGUUGCAUUAUUUCUAAAGGCUUGAAGUUUUGAAGGGAAGAGAUUUUGUUUUCCUCUCGGCUACACAAUGGAGCUUUCAGAGAACCUCUUUUAAAAGGAAUAGCUACAGCCUUUGUGUUGAAGGGUGUGUCUGUUGGCAGGGUCUGCUGAUGCAGACAGACUGGCUGGUGAUUAACAAAGGUCAUUAGACUUUGGAAUCUGGCAAGCAGAGUCGGAUGGUAUGUCUUCUGUGUGUGGAAGGACGACUCCCAAGAAGCCAAGGCAUUCUGGAGGUGCCCCCCUUCCCCCCGCCGCACCCCCAAAUCCUGCUGUAGAACAGGGUCUGGUCCAGGGUCAUCCUGCUCUAAGCAGGGCUCUGCUGGGACUAAUGAACCAGCAUAUCAAUCAUGGAAUAAAAGAACCUUUGGAGAUCCUGGUGAAUGACAUUGGAGGAGGAGAAAGGUGCUGCUUUUCGGAGAGUAAUGAAAACAGUUAAUUCUGUGUUGGGAAGAGAAGAAAGAGCAUAGGAGCCCAGCCUGCUCCUCCAGCGUUCAUUUCUGAUUGCUAGCCUAGCAGGAGCCAGGAGAAGCCAUGUUGUGCACGGAGGAGAAGCUCUGAGCUAAAAUGGCUGCUCCUAAAGCUCAGAGGACUAGGGCAGCUUAGUGAGUCUUAGAGCUUCAGUGACGCAGGAGCUCAUAUCUCUUGAAAGUGUGAUAAACACAUUCAGCAGAGCUGUGGCUUGUUUGGCUGAGAUGAAAGGACUAAGCUUGGGGGAUGGGGAGUGCACACUGGAGGAUCUGCUUUUUUCUGUGAAGUGUUCUAAAUGCAGGAGUCGUCUGCACCAUGGAAAAAUUUGUUUUCAGGUCUAAUGGACUGUGCGAAAGGAGACGUGGGGUGGGGCCUCAGUGACUGCUGUAAUUUGAUCCAGAGCUGAUAGCAACCUCUUCCACACAAUUUGGGUUGGUGCUUAGACAUAAAAGCUUGUGUAUCUGGAAUAUUGAGACUUCGCUGAAAAGACUCCGGUGAACAGUUCAAUGUUUAUUGAAAAAAGGAUAAAUUGCUGGGUGAAAGAAGAGGAGGUUCCUAAUGUGAGAGGGCAGACAAGACCAUGGAGGUGCUUCAGUGUGAUGGCUGUGAUUUCAGAGCCCCGUCUUACGAAGAUCUCAAGGCGCACAUUCAGGAUGUCCACACGGCAUUUCUGCAGCCAACUGACGUGGCCGAGGACAAUGGUGAUGAGCCACGAUCCGGGUCCAUGAACGCCAGCAAUCAGACAGAGGUGGAGUUUUCAUCUAUAAAGGACGAAUUUGCGAUUGCGGAGGAUUUAUCAGGUCAAAAUGCAGCUGCAUUGGGGACGGGAAGUUACUAUGGCCACAGUGCAGGAUAUUACGGUCAGCAUAUUGCCGCUAAUCCCAAACCAAUGAACAAGUUUUUUCAAUGCAAGUUCUGCGUACGCUACUUCAGGUCAAAAAACCUCCUCAUAGAACACACUAGGAAGGUCCAUGGAGCUCAAGCUGAAGGGAGUUCAGCAGGACCCCCUGUCCCAGGAUCCUUAAAUUAUAACAUCAUGAUGCACGAGGGAUUUGGAAAGGUCUUCUCUUGCCAGUUUUGCACAUACAAGUCACCAAGGAGGGCAAGGAUAAUGAAGCACCAGAAGAUGUAUCACAAAAACAACUUGAAGGAGACCAGCACUGCCCCUCCCGCUCCCGCUCCGAUGCCAGACCCCAUGGUUCCGCCCGUGUCCCUGCAGGACCCCUGCAAGGAGCUGCCAGCAGAGGUCGUGGAGCGCAGCAUCUUAGAAUCCAUGGUCAAGCCUUUGACCAAGUCUCGAGGCAACUUCUGUUGUGAGUGGUGCAGCUACCAGACCCCCCGCCGAGAACGCUGGUGCGACCACAUGAUGAAGAAACACCGCAGCAUGGUCAAGAUCCUCUCCAGUCUCAGACAGCAGCAAGAAGGGACCAGUGUACCGGAUGUGCAGAAGAGUGCCCCCAGCCCCACUUCCAACUCCACCUAUCUGUCCAUGAAUGCUGCAAGCCGGGAGAUACCCAAUACUACCGUCUCCAGCUACAGGGGCUCCAUCAGCAACUCCAUCAUGAGACCCAAUUCUUCUUCCGCUUCCAAGUUUUCGCCCAUGUCUUACCCUCAGAUGAAGCCGAAGUCACCUCACAAUUCUGGCCUCGUUAGCUUGGCAGAGAGAUCCCGUUACGGAAUGACUGACAUGACCAAUUCCUCUGCUGACCUGGAAACUAACAGCAUGCUCAAUGACUCUAGUUCUGAGGAAGAGUUAAACGAAAUAGACAGUGAGAAUGGUCUAAACGCUAUGGAUCACCAGACGUCAGCCAUGGCUGCAGAACAGCUGAUGGGCUCCGAUGGCAACAAACUCUUGGAGACCAAGGGGAUUCCGUUUAGAAGAUUCAUGAAUAGGUUCCAGUGCCCCUUCUGCCCUUUCCUCACCAUGCAUCGGCGAAGUAUCUCCCGCCACAUAGAAAACAUCCACCUGUCUGGAAAGACAGCCGUCUACAAAUGUGACGAAUGUCCGUUUACUUGCAAGAGCUCCUUGAAACUUGGGGCUCACAAACAGUGUCACACGGGUACCACGUCAGACUGGGAUGCCGUGAAUUCCCAGAGUGAAGGCAUUUCUUCCUCGCUGAACGAAGGCGUGGUGUCCUACGAGAGCCCCAGCAUCAACGGCAGGAAGACAGGAGUCUUGUUGGAUCCCUUGCAGCAGCCACCGCCACCACCACCGCCGCCGCCGCCACCACCACCGUCACAGCCACAGCCACCGCAGCAGCCACAGCCACCGCAGCUGCAGCUGCCGCAUCCGGUGCCGCCGCAGCCGCAGCCGCCACCCACGCAGCCGCCACCGCCACCCACACAAGCGCCACCCCUGCACCCUUACAAGUGCACCAUGUGCAGCUACUCCACCACGACUCUGAAAGGGCUACGCGUCCAUCAGCAGCAUAAACACUCGUUCUGUGACAACCUGCCAAAAUUCGAGGGGCAGCCCUCAAGCCUCCCGUUGGAAAAUGAGACAGACAGCCACCCCUCUUCCAGCAACACUGUGAAGAAAAGUCAGACCUCAAUUCUUGGGUUGUCCUCCAAGAACAAUUUUGUAGCUAAGGCCUCUAGGAAGCUUGCUAAUGACUUUCCCCUCGAUCUGUCGCCCGUGAAGAAGAGAACCAGGAUUGACGAGAUAGCAAGCAACCUGCAGAGCAAAAUCAACCAAACCAAACAGCAGGAAGACGCGGUGAUCAAUGUGGAGGAUGACGAGGAGGAAGAGGAAGACAACGAAGUGGAGAUAGAGGUUGAGUUGGACAGGGAAGAAGAGCCGACAGAACCAAUCAUGGAGGUGCCCACCUCCUUUUCAGCCCAGCAGAUUUGGGCGAGAGAUGCCAGUGAGCCCCAGAAGGAAUCCAACUUCAGAAGUGUCACCCACGAUUACAACGCCACCAACGGGGCCGAGAUUGAGCUCACCCUUUCUGAAGACGAAGAGGAUUAUUACGGCUCCUCCACAAACAUGAAAGAUCACCAAGUUUCCAAUACCGCUCUGCUGAAUACCCAGACUCCUAUCUAUGGAACUGAGCACAGUAACGAAAAUACGGACUUUGGUGACUCUGGAAGGCUUUACUAUUGCAAACACUGUGACUUUAACAACAAGUCUGCCCGGAGUGUUAGCACCCACUACCAGCGAAUGCACCCGUACAUUAAAUUCAGCUUUAGGUACAUCUUGGACCCCAAUGAUCACAGCGCGGUGUACAGGUGCCUGGAAUGCUACAUUGAUUACACCAACUUCGAAGAUCUCCAGCAGCAUUACGGCGAACACCACCCAGAAGCCAUGAAUGUGCUCAACUUUGACCAUUCGGACCUGAUCUACCGGUGUCGGUUUUGCUCAUACACGAGCCCGAAUGUUAGAAGCCUGAUGCCACAUUACCAAAGAAUGCAUCCCACCGUUAAGAUCAACAACGCGAUGAUAUUUUCAAGCUACGUCGUGGAGCAGCAGGAAGGGUUGAAUACUGAAUCCCAGACCCUGAGGGAGAUUCUGAAUUCGGCUCCCAAGAACAUGGCGACGUCCACGCCCGUGGCUCGUGGUGGCGGCAUGCCAGCGACCUUUAAUAAAAACACUCCUUCAAAGACCUUUACUCCUGAAUGUGAAAAUCAGAAGGACCCUUCAGUCAACACCGUUGUCGUUUACGAUUGUGACGUUUGCUCAUUUGCAAGCCCCAACAUGCAUUCUGUCUUGGUUCAUUACCAGAAGAAACACCCUGAAGAAAAGGCCUCCUACUUUAGGAUCCAGAAAACCAUGCGAAUGGUGUCUGUGGACAGGGGCUCUGCCCUUUCUCAGUUAUCAUUUGAGGUGGGUGCUCCAAUGUCUCCCAAAAUGUCCAACAUGGGUUCCCCACCCCCCCCACAACCCCCGCCACCAGACCUCAGUACUGAGCUUUACUACUGCAAACACUGCUCCUACAGCAAUCGGUCAGUUGUGGGAGUGCUUGUCCACUACCAGAAGAGACACCCAGAGAUAAAGGUCACUGCCAAAUAUAUCAGACAGGCUCCUCCCACAGCUGCAAUGAUGAGAGGGGCCGAAGGGCCCCAAGGCUCCCCCCGGCCACCCGCCCCCAUGCCACAGCUGAACCGAAGCAGCUCUGAGAGAGACGGCCCCCCCGUGGAGAACGAGAUGUUCUUUUGCCAGCACUGUGAUUACGGGAACCGGACGGUCAAAGGUGUCCUCAUCCACUACCAGAAGAAGCACCGGGACUUCAAGGCUAACGCGGACGUGAUCCGGCAGCACACGGCCACCAUCCGGAGCCUCUGUGACCGCAACCAGAAGAAGCCUGCCAGCUGUGUGCUCAUCCCCCCGCCGAACGUGGAGCGGGACAAAACUAAACUGCGAGCGCUCAAAUGUAGGCAGUGCUCGUAUACCUCCCCCUACUUCUAUGCACUGAGGAAGCAUAUCAAGAAAGACCACCCCGCCCUGAAGGCCACGGUCACGUCCAUCAUGCGAUGGGCGUUUCUGGAUGGCUUGAUAGAAGCUGGCUACCACUGCGAGUGGUGCAUCUAUUCCCACAUGGAGCCCAGCGGUUUGCUCCUGCAUUACCAAAGGAGGCAUCCCGAGCAUUACGUCGAUUACACUUACAUGGCCACCAAACUCUGGGCAGGGCCCGACCCGUCCCCUCCCUCUCUCACGAUGCCAGCCGAAGCCAAAACCUACCGAUGCAGGGACUGUGUUUUUGAAGCCGUCUCCAUCUGGGACAUCACCAAUCACUACCAAGCAUUCCACCCCUGGGCCAUGAAUGGCGAUGAGUCAGUGCUGCUGGAUAUCAUCAAAGAGAAAGAUGCCAUCGAGAAGCCCCUUCUUCCAUCCGAAGAGCUGGCAGGCCCUCUGAAUUGUGAAAACAGCAUGCCCACCCAGCUCCCGGAGCAGGAAGGCGAAUGCCCAGAGGACGCAAGACUUUCCCCCGAGAAGAGCAUGCAGCUGGCGUCAGCCAACCCCGCCAUCUCCUCCACCCCGUACCAGUGUACCGUGUGCCAGUCUGAGUACAACAACUUGCACGGGCUUCUCACCCAUUACGGGAAGAAGCACCCCGGCAUGAAGGUGAAGGCCGCUGACUUUGCCCAGGACAUCGACAUCAACCCGGGGGCCGUCUACAAAUGCAGGCAUUGCCCGUACAUCAACACCCGCAUCCACGGCGUCCUGACCCACUACCAGAAGCGACACCCGUCCAUCAAGGUGACCGCCGAGGACUUUGUGCACGACGUGGAGCAGUCGGCUGACAUAUCCCAGAACGACGUGGAGGAGACCAGCAGGAUCUUCAAGCAAGGCUACGGUGCCUACCGGUGCAAGCUGUGUCCGUACACGCACGGCACUUUGGAGAAACUCAAAAUCCACUACGAGAAGUACCACAAUCAGCCCGAAUUUGAUGUCUUUUCCCAGUCGCCCCCGAAGCUGCCUGUCCCCCUCGAGCCCGAGAUGACCACUGAAGUGAGCCCCUCCCAAGUCUCCAUCACCGAGGAAGAGGUGGGAGAGGAGCCCGUGUCCACGUCUCACUUCUCUACCUCGCACCUGGUCUCCCACACUGUGUUCCGGUGCCAGCUCUGCAAGUACUUCUGCUCCACGAGGAAGGGGAUUGCCAGGCACUACCGUAUCAAGCACAACAACGUCCGCGCCCAGCCCGAGGGCAAGAACAACCUCUUCAAGUGUGCCCUGUGUGCCUACACCAACCCCAUCCGCAAAGGACUGGCGGCCCACUACCAGAAGCGCCACGACAUCGAUGCGUAUUACACGCACUGCCUGGCGGCCUCCAGGACCAUCAGCGACAAGCCCAACAAGGUGAUCAUCCCGUCCCCGCCCAAGGACGACUCCCCUCAGCUGAGCGAGGAGCUCCGGAGGGCGGUGGAGAAGAAGAAGUGUUCCCUGUGCGCCUUCCAGUCGUUCAGCAAGAAGGGCAUCGUGUCCCACUACAUGAAGCGCCACCCGGGGGUGUUCCCGAAGAAGCAGCACGCCAGCAAGUUGGGGGGCUACUUCACCGCCGUCUACGCGGACGAGCACGAGAAGCCCCCGCUCAUGGAAGAGGAGGAGAGAAGCGGCAGCUUUGAGAAAGCCGAGGUGGAAGGCGAAGCCCAGGAAAUCGAGUGGCUCCCGUUCCGCUGCAUCAAGUGCUUCAAGCUGUCCUUCAGCACGGCGGAGCUGCUGUGCAUGCAUUACACUGACCACCACAGUCGGGACCUCAAGAGGGACUUCGUAAUUCUGGGCAACGGCCCCCGCUUGCAGAACUCAGCCUACCAGUGUAAGCACUGUGAUAGCAAACUGCAAAGCACAGCCGAGCUGACCUCACACUUGAGCAUUCACAAUGAGGAAUUCCAGAAGCGUGCCAAACGUCAGGAGAGGAGGAAACAGCUUUUGAGCAAGCAGAAAUAUGCAGAUGGUGCUUUUGCAGAUUUCAAACAAGAGAGGCCUUUUGGUCACUUAGAAGAGGUGCCAAAGACCAAGGAGAGGAAAGUGGUGGGCUACAAGUGUAAAUUCUGUGUGGAAGUGCACCCGACGCUCCGAGCCAUCUGCAAUCACCUCCGGAAGCACGUCCAGUAUGGCAAUGUCCCAGCUGUGUCAGCCACUGUGAAGGGGCUGCGUUCUCAUGAGAGGAGCCACCUGGCCCUGGCCAUGUUUACCCGCGAGGACAAGUACAGCUGCCAGUAUUGCUCCUUUGUUUCUGCUUUCAGGCACAAUUUGGAUCGCCAUAUGCAAACCCACCACGGACACCAUAAACCAUUCCGAUGCAAACUCUGCUCCUUCAAGUCCUCCUACAACAGCCGGCUGAAAACGCAUAUACUCAAAGCUCACGCUGGUGAACAUGCCUACAAGUGUUCUUGGUGCUCAUUUUCCACCAUGACAAUCAGCCAGUUGAAGGAACACUCCCUCAAGGUCCACGGAAAAGCCCUGACCCUGCCCAGGCCACGGAUCGUCAGUCUCCUCUCCUCGCACGCCCACCAUUCCUCCCAGAAAGCUACCCCAGCCGAAGACGUGGAAGACUCCAAUGACUCGUCAUACUCAGAGCCCCCAGAUGUUCAGCAGCAGCUGAACCACUAUCAGUCGGCCGCCCUGGCGAGAAACAACAGCCGUGUCAGCCCCGUGCCUCUUUCUGGGGCCACUGCUGGCCCUGAGCAGAAAACCGAAGCCGUUCUUCACUGCGAAUUCUGUGAAUUCUCCUCCGGCUACAUCCAGAGCAUCCGGCGCCACUACCGGGACAAGCAUGGCGGGAAGAAGCUUUUCAAGUGCAAAGACUGCUCCUUCUACACGGGCUUUAAAUCCGCUUUUACUAUGCACAUGGAAGCUGGGCAUUCGGCGGUUCCCGAGGAGGGCCCCAAAGAUCUUCGUUGUCCUCUCUGCCUUUAUCACACCAAAUACAAGCGCAACAUGAUCGACCACAUUGUGCUGCACCGAGAAGAGCGAGUUGUCCCCAUUGAAGUGUGCCGUUCCAAACUGUCAAAAUACUUGCAGGGAGUAGUUUUCCGCUGUGAUAAGUGUACCUUCACCUGCUCCAGUGACGAGAGCCUCCAGCAGCACAUAGAAAAGCACAAUGAACUGAAACCUUACAAGUGCCAGCUCUGCUACUAUGAGACCAAGCACACGGAGGAACUGGACAGCCACCUUCGGGAUGAGCAUAAGGUAAGCCGUAACUUUGAGCUGGUUGGACGGGUGAACUUGGAUCAGCUGGAACAGAUGAAGGAAAAGAUGGAGAGCUCCAGCAGCGAUGACGAGGACAAGGACGAAGAAAUGAACAGCAAGGCCGAAGACAGAGAGCUGAUGAGAUUUUCUGACCAUGGGGCUGCUAUUAACGCCGAGAAGCGUUUUCCGUGUGAAUUUUGUGGACGGGCAUUUUCACAGGGCUCCGAGUGGGAGAGACACGUGCUGAGACACGGCAUGGCAUUGAAUGACACCAAGCAGGUGAGCAGAGAAGAAAUCCACCCGAAAGAGAUAGUGGAGGACAUUGUGAAGAUGCCCUCCAUAGAGGAAAAGGAAGUCGAGGAGGCCAUUGGGAUGGACUUUUCCUUAAAGAACGAAGCAGUAGCCAUCUGUGUAGUAGCUACCGACAAAUCUCUCCUAGAGAAUGCAGAGGCCAAAAAAGAAUAAGCGUUUGGUGAAAAUCUUAAUCAAACCUUACUUGAACCAUGAUGAGAAAGUGGGAGGGCCGGCUUGGGCUGAGAAGGGAGGGACAGAAAAGAGAAGACAGAACAAAAGCUGCUUUUUAGGACUGAACAAUCUAUUUUCAAAGCACUGGUACCUGUGUGAGUGAGUAUGUAAAUUAAAAUUAUUUAAAUGGUUGGAAUAUGUGGCUCCUUUUCCAUCACUACAUCUUUUCUUCCGGAUCUUCAUCAUGGAAGUUCCAUUUGUUGCGGAAUAUGGAAGCACCUCCCAAGGGCACGGUGGUGGUCUUGGACAGUAUGUGGAAACAGAAGCUCCGUGACAGUAGAAGACUUCUCGUAGGGGAACAACUUUUUGACGCGCAACUUUCAGUGCGUUUUUCUAGUUUUAAUACCUUAAGCUUUUUCAAGACCUAACUGCAGCCGCUUUGGGAAAAAAAAAAAAACAAAAACACACAAAAAAACAAAAACAGAAAACAAACUGCUUUGCAUAAAACAGUCACCUGUUUCCUAGUACCUCAAACUUAACCAAGGGAAUUCUCUGCAUUUGUCAGUACUACCUGUCGUCGUUGUGGUUAAAUGUAGAGAGAACUGCUGGGCAAGAUGGUGAAUGGAGAAAAAAAAAAAGAGUUUUAAAGAAAGGAACACAAAUUGUGCUUAAAAUCCCCACGUGGGUUUUAUUUCUUAAAAUACUGUGAUUUUUUUAAUUAUUUUAGUAAAAAACAAAACAAAAAAAAGAAACAGACUUUAAUUAUUAGAUAACUGUUUGUGAAUUGUCAUCCUUUAUUCCAGGUAAGCUGUUUAUUAGUGUUCAACUAUAAUUUAGAAUUUGGUAGAUCCAUGUGAGCUAAUUUUAAGGUGAUCGUGGAGUUUUGUUUGCCACAUGUUUAUUUUCUAUCAAUUUGAGUGUUACAAACACAGCACAAUUCAGUUUUUCAUAUAAAUUGGUUUUUUGUGUGUGUGUUCUUAUUGUCGUUUUAAUUUGGGGGUGAGGGAGAUUUAGUUUUUUGUUUUGUGAAUAGGAAUGUUUUUAUUUUAAACAUGGAAAUAACAAAGAAGUUAACUUUUUUUUUUAUUUAACUAAAGAACCAAACUUUCGGCACAGCUAUGCAGCUUGUGGGCCAGACGAGGAGGUCCUCUUCACCCUUUUGUUGCCUGUCAAAUUCACACAUUAUCCGUCUCACACAAAUAAUUUCUGUUAGGAUGGGCUGGCAUUUGUGUGUGUUUUUAAAAUCUGUGUUUUGUUUCUGUUGGCAUUGUAUUUGUGGGGGUUAUCUCAUUAUUUGGGGGGACAUGGGGAUGUACUAGAAUCCCAUCCCUUUGGUGAGUGUGGACAAGAAAUAAUGUCUAUCCUACAAGGAGCCUGGAGAACUACUUUUUUUUGUUUUUUUGUUUUUUUUAUCUAGCUGCCAGCUGCUCUGUCCCCCAUAUCAGCUUUUUCAGGAGGGAGCAGCUUAGACUAAAUCUAAGCCUACAUUUAUAAUAUGUUCUGAUUGUGAACAAACGGUUUCGUUCCAAAAAGUAGAAAAGAACUUUUCUUAAAGCCUAGGUUUUAGAAGAGCCUGCGUGUGUGAGCGCUCGGAUGUGUGUGUGUGUGCGUGCGUGUGUGUGCGUGUGUGUGUGCACGUGUGAGUCCUUUGGUUUUCAUGUUUUGGUUUUUUUACUUGGAAGGGUUGCGGGAGGGCGGGAGGGAAGAAAGGGAAGGGGAAUUGCUGAGAUGACAGUGUCCCACACAGCUUCAAAUAAAAUCCAUGGAAAGAUGUUGCAUUUGUGGAAUAAGUGCUUACUUGAAAAGCAUGUUCUUCUUUUAUUUUCUUACUGUUAAGAAUUUUUAUUUGUAGGAUGUUUGUUUUAAUUUAAUUUUUUUUUUUAGGGAUGGGGGCCAUCAUGUGGAAACCAGAAAAUGGGGAAAGUGUGAACUAUCCAGACAAAGAUUCAUUUUGUGUCGAUAUUUGUUUUUAAUUGGCCUCAUUUCAAUUGUAUUAAACAGUUCCAUACCUGGAUUGGGUGUUUGUAAUGGUUACCAAAAAACAAACAAAAAAAAAAAGAAAAAAAAAAAAGAAAGAAAAAGGAAAAAAAAAAAAGAAAAUAAUUGUGACAUGCUUUUAUCACUACUUUAUUUUUCAAAUAACAUGUAAAUAUUGUAAUCCAUUGGAUUUUGUUUUGCUAACCUGUUAAUAAAAAUAUGGGACCAUUAUCCUUUUAACAAGGCUAAAAUGUCAUUUUUUUUUUCUUUUUCAAACAUAUACCUGAUAUUUUGUGGCCGCACAUUUUGGAUGCAUUAUUAUAAUUCUGUUGACUGUAAUGACAUAGAAUUUACAACAUUUUUUGUUGUUGUUUAAUUUAUACAGAGGACAUUUUUUUUCAGAGCUUGAGAGAAGAAAAUAAAUAGCAAAAUGAGAACCUAUUGACUCCAAUAAUCAGUGUUUCCCGAUACUUGAUAAAAGAUAGGGAGAUCCUGAGUCCUUGAAGCCAAGGGUUUAAAAACAAAAACAAACAAACAAAACCACAAGUAGGUUAUUCAAGUUGUUUGCAACAUACAUUUUGUAAUGAAAUGUGAGAAAUUAAUAAAGAAUUUUUUUCACAUGUG